GCUGCCGCGGGUCGUGGGCCGCCCGAUUCCGGCCCGGUCGCUGGCGCCAUUGCCCCCCGAUGGUGGCGGCCCUGGCGUUGGUGGCGCUCCUGGCUGUACGAGGAGCUGCCGCUGGCGACGGCGGCCGCAGGCUCCAGGAGCCGAACGGCACGAACGUCUCGCAGCCGUCCACACCGGACGUCUACCCAGACGUCACCGACACUGCCGACGUCGCGGGCGACGAGUUCAGCGAGGCCGACCGCAAGUCCUUCGAGGAGGCGGUGGACACAAAUAAGAAGGCGGAGUGCGAGCUCGGCGGCAACUGCACCGGCGCUGUUCCAGGGAGCGUGCCGCCCAGCCGCGGCCUCUGCGUCCAGGGGCCCGCCGGCGGUACGGGCAACUCGUGCUGGGACGUGUGCAAUCCGGCCCACCAGCCGAACAAGUACAUCAUCGAUAGUUCGGAUGAGGGGAAGAUUCGGAACAAAGGGUACGAGGCGUUGGUGGAGCAGGUGCGGGCCGGGCUGAACCCGUUCGUGCAAUGCCCAGGCGAGCUGCACCAGGGCGACAGCUGCCCCCCGGGCGACCCGUGCGGGGACCUGAUGGCCCAGGAGUUCGGCGUGCCCGAGGGCCAAGGCCUGUGCGUCAUGGACGCCAGCCAGCCCCAGAGCCGCGCGUGCUGGGACAUGUGCGACGGCAGCAGGCGCCCAGACGAGUUCGAGGAGGGCACGCCGGAGGGAGCGGCGCGGAAGGUCGAGGAGGCCCGCGCGGGCGCGACCUGCUCCCACAUGUGGCCCUGGUGGGCCUGGGUUGUCCUGUUCCUGGUAUUGCUCUGCUGCUCGGGCGUCCUCUGCGUGGCGUCGGGCAUGAUCAGGACCAAGAGGGUCAAGGGCGACGCGGCGGCCGCGAGGGGCCUCGACUACGAGCAGGGCGACGACUCGCGGAGGGAGCAGCUCGCCUACGACCCGGAAGGGUACGGGCAGCAGAAGCAGAUGGCUUACGAGGAGCAGUAUGGUCCAGGUGCUCCGGAGAGCGCAGGUGGGAGCCGGCCCCGGGACCUCCUCGACGAGGGCUACGGCCCCACUGCCGGCGACGGGCACCCGCCCGAGCCACAACGGCCAGCGACGUACAGCGAGGCGCCGCCGCCGGAGCCCUCGCCGUUCCCGGACGAGCGCGGCGGCAGGCCCCAGCCGGUGAUGUCGGGGUCCACCCGGGCCAUCCCCGGCCUCGACGAGCCCAUGCUCUUCCCGAGCGUGCAGCCGCUGGUGAUGCCCACCGCCACGGCGCAGGUGGCGCCCCCGGAGCUGCUCGGGCUGACCAGCCAGCUGGCGCCCCCCGGCAGCCAGCAGAACAUGCUGGGGAGCCAGCGCGCCGUCCACACCUACGGGGUGGGCGGGCCCGCCGCCUUCCCGCACGCCUCGUCCGUGCAGCUGGCCCCAGGAGGCACGCCGUUCUUCUCGCAGCUCGCGGGGACUGGGCACUGAGCCGGCCCGCCUUGUCCCGGCCGAGGAACGGCGCGGGGCCCAGCCUCGCACAUCCCUUCCUCCUGAUCCUC